GAAGGGGCCGGGAUUGAGCUGUUUCCGAUGUGGUAGAGUGGGACAUGAUGCCGAUGCCUGUUGGCAUGUGAAAACUGUCUGCAACAAAUGUCACAGAAGAGGUCAUUUGGCCGUUGUAUGUCCGAAACAGUCGAAAAACAGAGAAAAUGGAAACUGGCAGUUUGCCAAGCGUGCUGAUCGUAGAACAGGAUUUCACAGGACGGCAGGAGAGAGAAAGUCCAGCAGUCACGCGGUAGAGGAGGUGCAGGAGACUGAGGGGCGACGACAUCCGGAGCAGCAACCGCAGUCACCAUCGGACUCGUCAGGUACCGAGGAGUUCGAAGUGCUGCACACGCACAAGGUUCGACGAGGUAAGCUGCUCACUUCUGUUCUUGUAAAUGGGAAACCGGUGACUAUGGAGCUAGAUACCGGAGCAGAGAUCACCACUCUGCCGCUACAUGUGUUUGAAAAGGUGUUUCCCGACACUCACUUAGAGCCCACUCACAAGAGGCUCAGUCAGUAUGACGGAUCACCGCUUAAAAUGAUUGGUGAAAUGCCAGUUACCGUGGAGUACAAGGGCCAAACGAUGACAGACAGCAUGUUGGUUGUAGAUGUCAAAAGUCGCUAUCCUCUACUGGGUAGAGAUUGGAUGUUCAAGGUACGGUUUGACUGGAACGAGAUAUUUUAUGGAAGGGUCGAGGAAGAGAAAACCAUGCAUGCGUUACAUGAAGUGUCUGUAUCUGCGUUCCAGAGGAAGUACCCAGAGCUCUUUUCGGAGGGGCUUGGGGAGGUCGCAGGAGCACAGGCGCAGGUGGAACUGGAAACCGGGGCGCAGCCACGGUUUUUCAAGAGCCGACCUGUUCCGUUCGCUCUGCGGGACAAGGUGAACAAGGAACUGGAACGCCAGAUCAAAGAAGGUGAGCUGUUGCCUGUGGAACGGAGCGACUGGGCAGCACCUUUGGUGUUGGUCAGAAAACCUGGGGGUAACGUACGAAUCUGUGCAGAUUACAAGGUGACUGUAAAUCAGUGUGUAAAAGAGCAAGCUUAUCGGCUCCCCACGGCAGAAGAGAUAUUCAGUACAUUAGCUCAUGGAGAGUCUUUCUCAAAAUUAGAUUUAGCCAACGCUUAUAAACAGUUGCCACUAGCCCCAGAAAGCCAGGCUGUGUUGACCAUGAAUACGCCAUUGGGGCUGAUGAGGCCCACCAGACUUCCGUUUGGGCUCAAGAUAUCUCCCAACCUGUGGCAGAGGACGAUGGAUGAGGUGCUGAAAGGGCUGAAUGGUGUGGCAUGCUACUUGGAUGACAUUUUAGUCACAGGAAGGACCAGAGAGGAACACCAGGCGAACCUGGACGCGGUCAUGCAGAGGCUUCAGGAGCGCGGGCUGCGUCUGCGGAAGGAGAAGUGUGAACUCUUCAGAAAGACGAUCAUCUACUUGGGACAUGAAAUAUCUCAGGACGGCCUUCGCCCAACAGAUGAAAGGAAUGUGCCGGCAGAUGUCCUCAGCCGUCUUCCGAGCCGAACAGAAUCGGAUGAUGAAACCUGGCAGGUGUGCAGCGCAGAAGAGGAAGAGCUGAUCUGCGCGACCAUCGAGGACGACAUCUUGCCGGUGACUGCUGAUCAGGUCGCCAGGCAGACGGCCAGGGACCCCGUCCUCGGUCCAGUGCUGAGCUGGGUCCGGUCCGGGGCAUGGCCGAAGAAGACGGAGGCCAAGUUUCAGCCAUACAUCAGAUGCAGAGACGGUUUGACAGUCGUUGACGGAUGUCUUCAGGUGGGUGAAAAAGUAGUCAUACCCAGCCGAUUCAGACGUCAGCUGCUAGAGGAGUUACAUGAGGGACACCUGGGGGUGUGUAAAAUGAAGUCAUUAGCUCGAGGUUUUGUGUGGUGGCCGAAUCUGGAUGACGAGAUAGAGCAGUUGUGCCAACAGUGUGGUCCGUGCCGAACUAACGCUCAGAGACCGGCCACCUCCGCUGUGCACCCAUGGGUGUAUCCCUCGGCACCGUGGGAAAGAGUGCAUAUUGAUUUCGCGUCCCAUCAAGGUCGGGAUUAUCUUGUUCUCGUAGAUGCGUUUUCAAAAUGGCCGGAAAUAGAGGAAAUGCAUGGCACAACAGCUACAAAAACGAUAGAAGCGCUGACAAAAAUAUUUGCCACUCAUGGUUUCCCAGUGACCCUGGUUUCGGACAAUGGCCCGCCGUUCAAAUCAGCAGAAUUCGAGAACUUCUUGAGAUCGAGAGGCAUUUUCCAUCGUGCCACUCCGCCUUAUCACCCAGCAUCAAAUGGCCAGGCCGAGUCCAUGGUGAGGACGUUCAAGUCGUUUUUAAAGAAACAGCAGUCGAACGGCAGGAGCCGUGCAGUAGCAGUCUGUCAGUUUUUGGCACGAUACAGAGUGACGCCGUGUUCGUCCACUGGGAGGGCGCCGGCCGAGCUGUUACUGGGAAGAAUGCCUCGCACAAAGUUAUCUCUUCUGAAGCCCUCCGUGACCCAAAGAUUGAAGGGUCCGGGAGAGUAUGUGUAUUCACGAGAGUUUCUUGCAGGUGAUUCCGUGCUGCUGCGAGACCUGCGACCCGGCUCGGCGACUAAGUGGCGCAGAGCUACUGUUACUGGACGGGUCGGACCUCUGGUGUACGAGGUCUGCAUCGACGGCCGGACCCGGACCGCUCACCUGGACCACCUGCUGGCGGACCGGACCGUGCCGGACCGCCCGGUGCCGGCCGCUGUUCCGGGACCCGAGCCGGCCCGAACCGACUAUAGAUCGGGGGAGUAUCUGGCGUACGACCGGUGCGCGUCUGCCGGUGGUGCAUCGGUGCCGCUGCCGAGUGAGAUCGAGACGCCCGGGGAGGCUCAUCGACGUCGGGAGAGUGGGGACUCCCACAGGGAGCGGUCCCAGCGCUCUGCAGAGGACUCUGGAUUGUGGGGUGCGGGUGAGGCUCGUGUGCGACCGGGGAAUGAGUGUCAGAGUGAACCAGUGUUAAGACGUUCCGAGCGCUUGAGGAACAAGUUUUCGUGAAGGGGGGAAAAGUGAUAUGUACUGGUAUUUGCAUCUCGAGGUGGUGGUGAGUUUGCAUCUCUGACACAGGCUCGUCGGCUGACGCCGGUCAUGUGGUCAGCUGGCCCCGGGCUACGCCGGGCUGGCCGGCGGCUCGGGGGCUGUCUUGGUUGGGCUGUGACCGAGAGUGGUGUUCGUCUAUGGUGAAGGUGCUGGGAAU